CCUCUUGUCAACAUUCAUUCAUCGCCCUUUACGGAAAUUAUAGCACGAGGAAAGUACAUAAGUGCAGAUUACAUUUUUUCUAAUCAUUUGGAUGACACGUGGUAGAUCUCCAAACCAUGAAGUUGCUGACUACUUUUACUAGUGCUGCGAACGCUGCAGUGAAUUACGUCGGUCAACGAUUCUUCUCAACACCGGAUUUUUUUCGAGAACCAUUUGGAGAUUGUCCUUGAUACUACUGAUAGUCGCACUUAACCUCAUUUCUGUUCGUGUUAAAUCGAAAAUUCUAUCUAUGCAGUUAUGGCAGUGACUGAGGAAAUUCCUGAGACAUUGUGGAACCCUGGUGAUAUUUUCGAAGAGCUGAUACAAUCUGACUAUGCUGUUCUCAUCCUCAAUCAGCCUAUAACAGUCAGCAAAAAUUUUUUACUGCCUGUUUGGAAGGAAGCAAAAAUCAAAAUUACUGUUGACGGAGGGACGGAUAGAUGGGUCGAAUAUCUCGGUCCACUAGGUGAAGAGAUAUUGAAGGGAAAACAUCCAGAAUUAUUCCCAACAUUAAUAACGGGUGAUUUUGAUAGUGUCCUACCAGAAACCCUUGGUAAAUUUCGAAGUCUGGGAGUUUCCGUUGUUAAUACUCCGGACCAGAACUACACCGAUUUUUCCAAGGCACUUGUGCAACUUGCUGCGAAACGUAAAAACGAUAACAUUUUUAUAGACUCAAUAUACGUCUUCCUUGAUAAUGGAGGUAGAUUCGAUCAGAUAAUAGCAAAUAUUAAUACGCUGUACAAAAGUCACGAAUUGAUGGGCGACCAACACAUCGACCGAUUAAUUUUGGUGUCCAAUAAUAGUUUAACAUGGCUGUUAAGGGCUGGAAGGCACAGAAUUAAAAUCCCAGCAGUUCUUCAAGGGAAUAAUUCAUGGGCUGGUCUUAUCCCAUUUGGAUGCACAGCUAAUGUGUCAACAACAGGCCUCAAAUGGAAUCUGACGAUUGCAGGUAAUCAACCCCUAGCGUUCGCGGGGAUGGUCAGCACUUCUAAUACUUACGAUGGAUCUGCGGAAGUGACGAUUACCACCGACUCCAAUAUCGUUUGGACAAUGGGAAUUGAACCAUUGUUGGAUAUGACGAAUGAUCGCAUCCAGUAUUAAUUUCUCAUUAAGAAUCUAAGAAUUUGGUGGUGCUCAAGAGAAUGCGGCGGUCAGGAAUUUGUGUAAUUAUGGAAGUACUUAAUUUUGGUUAGGCGGAUAUCAUUAUCCAAUGAAUAUCUUUGACCUUAAGAAUUUUUACUCGAAAGCACUCCAUAGGCACGCCAAAGAAAUUGAUUUUUGUAAGUGAAUGUAGACUUUAGAAUGAAUUGCUAGGGGACUUCAGUACUGGUAUUAUUUACCCGGGUACUCUGGACACCCUCUUGACCAUUUGGAUUCAGUGUAUAUUUUCCCAUCGCUCUCUAUUUUUUAUUCUACUUUAGUUUUCCUUCAAAUUAAUUAUCACUUGGAAUGUGAAUCUCAUAGGACCUGGUGAGUGAUGAGCACAUAACAUAACAAAAUUUUAUUUCCAUAUUAUCGAAACAUAGGAAUGAAGUUCAAUUGAACGCCUAUAAGCAAUAUAUGUCUCCAGGCUGCCAUUAUAAUUAAAUUUUAGAAUUCGUAUUGAACGUUUAUCACAACAGAAUAAUUUAGUAUUCGUGUCCCCGUCUCUCACCCACCCCGUCAGUCAUUUCAGAAGAGGAACCACAAUUACCUCUAAACCACCACCACCGAAACCCAAUGUGAGUCACUCCCUCAUAAUCGAAGGUCAUGACCUCACAACUCGUGACUGGAAACCAUUGUUAUAAUUGCCGGAAUAAUCCUGAAGAAAUAAUAAAGCUUCCGGGGAAAUAAAACAAACCACAAAACUCGAAAGAUCCUAGUGAAAUAAAAUUUUAUACAGCGGAUACAGUGGUAGAGUGAUGAAACUUAAAAACUUGAGACUUUGUACUUACAAAUUUUGAAUGAUCAUAAUCACGAGCCGCUUCGGAGAUAAUAUCGAGGGGCUUUCUCGCCUAAUAUUACUUUAAUCACGAAAGACAUUGCGAGAUAUUUUCGCCUAGAGUGAUUAAUUUUUGAGAUGGACGAACAAUCGUCGGAUAUGACAGUUGGUUGACCAAUUGGGAGGGGAUCAACUCAUGCUUGUAAAAACAAAAAAAUUGUAAUAAACUGAUUACAAUAAAUUCGAUAAAAAAAA